UAAAAUAAUUCUCAGUUUGUUACGAUUCGUUGAUUAUUAAUGCUUGCAGAUCGUGAUAUCCGCUGCGCUUUUGAAUAUUUUUUUGCAGGAAAAUAAAUUGAAUAUCUUGUGAUUUGCUGGAAAAAACCAAAGGGAAGAAGAAGAAGAGACAGCAAAAGAAUCGCCGUGUUCUCCACCAUUUUCCGCCAUUUUGAAAGCUACGAGUGUAAAAUAUAGUGAUUCGUCAGGGAACGCGUUGCUCUUAAAGAUUUGCGAAAAUUUUUAAAUAAAAGCAUCAAUAAUAACGAAAAUAAGUGGAAUUUGUUGGUGGGCCACCCACGCAAGUGUUUGUGUAUGAAAAAUAGUCGUUGAAAAGUUGUGUUUGCUCGAUUUAUUCGAGAAAAAAUUUCAGUUCUGUACCAGCGAAAAGGGCUAACCAAACGCAGAAAAACGCAAGCCUUCCGCAAGUGAGCGAGUAGCAACACAAAAUCCACGGUCUGCCGCCGCGGCCGUAAAAACUAAAAAAGGCUGAACCUUAAAACUGCAACUGAAAAAAGUUUGCUAAUUUAUUAUAAUCUAAAAGUUUGUUGACGUGUCUGUUGAUAAAAAUUGAGACUGCAAGUUGUCGCGCAUUCUUUUUUGGUUUCGUUUUUAGACUUGGCCACAGUUGCAGAACAUAUUUAAGUCGGUCAAUAAGUACAUACAUAGUGGCCAUUCAACAAAUCGUUUCGUGAAUGUUGCCCCAUUAAAAUAGUGAAACCUAAAUGUGUUAAAAUGGAUAAUUUGACAUGAAGAAAUUGAAGGGGUUAUCUAUGAAGGUCGCACAUUAUUUGUAAUCGCUGUGUUAAUUGAAACGUCAAAAAGCAGAGAAAAACCAUCCGUUAAUCGGAACAGAGCAGAAGUUACAAAAGAAAGUGCAAGCAUACACAUAAGUCCUUGCCUGGUUGGGAGAACCGAGAAAUUGCAAUUCAUCACAUUUUUUUUAAGGCCAAAAUUUUAUAUUAUUUAUAAAGGAACAUAUAUAUAUACAAACAUAUAUACGCAGAAUUGAGAAGCGAAAACGUAGACAUAAAAAAAUUCGGUAUAAAGCACAAUGGACAAAAAUAUGAUGUUGCCGAAGCGUUCACGCUUAGACGUGAAGGGGACAUUCGCAAAUGGACCAUUGCAGGCACGUCCAUUGGUAGCUUUGCUAGACGGCCGUGAUUGUUCGAUUGAGAUGCCUAUACUGAAAGACGUGGCCACAGUGGCCUUCUGCGACGCACAAAGUACAUCAGAGAUUCAUGAAAAGGUUCUAAAUGAAGCUGUUGGCGCACUGAUGUGGCAUACCAUAAUUCUUACAAAAGAGGAUUUAGAAAAAUUCAAAGCUUUACGUAUCAUAGUGCGGAUUGGCAGCGGUACGGACAAUAUCGAUGUGAAAGCAGCGGGCGAACUCGGUAUUGCCGUUUGUAAUGUACCCGGUUAUGGGGUCGAAGAAGUGGCAGAUACAACAAUGUGCUUGAUACUAAAUUUGUAUCGAAGAACCUACUGGCUGGCGAACAUGGUUCGCGAAGGCAAAAAGUUUACCGGGCCUGAACAAGUGCGAGAAGCAGCGCAUGGUUGCGCUAGAAUUCGGGGAGACACCUUAGGUCUUGUAGGACUUGGUCGCAUUGGCAGUGCUGUUGCAUUGCGAGCAAAAGCAUUUGGCUUUAAUGUUAUAUUUUACGAUCCUUAUCUUCCGGAUGGUAUUGACAAAUCGCUUGGUUUAACUCGUGUCUACACCCUACAAGAUUUGCUAUUUCAAUCGGAUUGUGUGUCGUUGCACUGCACACUCAACGAGCAUAACCACCACUUAAUCAAUGAAUUCACAAUUAAACAGAUGCGACCUGGUGCAUUUUUGGUAAAUACAGCACGAGGCGGGCUGGUCGAUGACGAGACCUUGGCUCUGGCUCUGAAACAAGGCAGAAUAAGAGCUGCAGCUUUAGAUGUUCACGAAAACGAGCCCUACAAUGUAUUCCAAGGAGCCCUUAAAGACGCUCCAAAUCUUAUAUGUACACCACAUGCAGCCUUCUUCAGCGAUGCAUCCGCAACAGAGUUGCGUGAAAUGGCAGCAACGGAGAUACGACGGGCAAUAGUCGGCAAUAUUCCAGACGUCUUAAGGAAUUGUGUUAAUAAGGAAUACUUCUUGCGAACACCGGCUGUAGCUGCUGCUGCUGCAGCUGCGGCAGUGUACUCAGAAGGAUUGAAUGGCGGAUAUUAUUCAGCGGGCGGACUACAACAGGCCCACAGUACUACACACGAUGUACCGCACAGUGCAGCUGGUAGUGCACUUGUCGCCCCACCACCGCCGUCGGUAGUGAAUCCGUCGCCAGUUCCUACGGUGCCGUCGGUGCAUAUACCGCCGCAAGUUGGACUACAGCAUGGACUUGUGAGUAGUAAAUCGCCCCUGAAUGCACCAGACCCUAAUAACCACCUUUCGUCUGCUUCUAACAAACCAGAGCCAUCAGAGGUCCAAUAGUUCAAAAGCGUCAACAAUUGUGGGAGGACUCAAUAAGCAACCAUUAAAAGAGAAAAAAGUAAAGUUUAAAUUGAAAACGUAAAUUGACCUGAAGAUAAAUUAAUCAAUCGCGAGUUCAUCCAAAACUCUAUCCCAAAUUAAAUUCCGUAAGCGAUUUUUCAACUCUUAUAUUUCAAUGACGCCGGCCACAAGCAAAGUAAGAAAAGUGGAAGAUACGUCACUCAAGAGUUGAAGAAUAAAGCAAUUUUAAAAGUAAAGAAUGCAUAGAUACGUAUAGACGAAACGUUCAAAGUAAAAAAGGACCUACCGGCCGACGUGUCGCCGUUGUCACUCAUCGUCAGCACCAUGAGCAUAUUGACCCAAAUUUAGCACUUAGUACAGAUACAGGCAGCAUAUUAAAGUAGUUACUUAGUUUAAAUGAAAAGAAGAAAAAAAAAAAAAAAAUGAAAAACAGAAAAACAGCGAGAAAAUAUGACAAAUUCAACGGGAUCCGUCAAAGUGU